AUGUCGACAUCACCAUCCCAGAAAAAGGUCGAUGAUUUCCUAUCCAGUCUUUCGCAGCUCCUGCAGGAUAGAAUUAAACAAGACCAACAACGACAACGAGACCUUCAGCGAAACAUUGAUGACUUGAGACACCUGCGCACACCAUCACCCGUCAAGGGUGUGGCGUCAACUCUGAAGAGUUCAUACCCUAUCGAUAUCCCUGAAUUGAAGUUCAACCGUGGUGUUCAAGAACUCAAUUUGAACUUGUUGACUCCCGUGGCGAGAAAGCAUGAAAAGACACCACCGGUUGUCAAACCCAAACCCAAUAUUACUCCUGCUGUCUUGCCUCGUGCCGAAAAAGGCCUGGGGAUGAGAUCAUUUGGUCAGAUGGAACAAUUGAUCAAACAGGGAACCACACCCGAAGGAGUAUAUGCAUCUGACCCAGCUGAGAGAACUGAACCAGCCGUGGGUGGAACUAAAGUUUCGUCUCCACCACCAUUACAGGCCACGCCAAGAGGACAGUGGAGAAACACAUCAAUACCAACACAGCCACCAGAAAAAGAAGAAGAGAGAAGGAAGGAGAAGGAGGAGGAGGAUGAUGAUGAUGAAAAGCCACCUCCUCCACCAAUACGAACAGUGAAACCGACAUACCUUAGUUCUGCUACACAACCACCAAAAGUUCCUUCCAAAUCACCGUCGCUUGCUCCCAAACCUGGCAAAAAGGACUGGCUUACUUCCACGUUAGACAAUUCAAAAACAAAAGCAACUUCAUCUGCAUCAGACAUUCCUAGGCCCCCUGCAAAGUCACCAACCAUUUCACAGACACCAAAACCACCAGCCAAAAAGGACUGGCUUAGUUCGACAUUAGACAAUUCAAAGACCACUGUGACCCCAACAGACACUCCUAAAGUUCCUACCAAAUCCCCAACACUUUCACAAAUUUCUAAAUCACCCACUAAAAAGAACUGGCUUACUUCAACAUUGGAUAAUUCGAAAACUACAAUUACUUUAUCUACAUCAGAAAGUCCACCCCUGCCACCCAAACACAAAUCUGACUGGCUCUCAUCGCUUGCACACUCCAAAACCACCACAUCAACUCCUCAAAGCUCAGAACUGAAGGCUAGCCCACCACCUGUUGCCAAGAAGCCAACCAGCUGGAUAAGUUCUGCCGUCAAGAGCGAAAGCAGUAAGCUGUUGGCCCAGAUUGCCAACCCAAGUCCUGAACGCAAGAUAAGCACCAAGAAAGGAAAUUGGAUCGAUUCAGCUGUUCGCAGAACUAACGGCGUUCAAAGGGAGCUCCCUGAAAAACCGGCCUAUUUGAGCAAUAUCCCCAAGAGCAAGAGCACCAAAGUGUUGGAGGAACCAGAACAGGAAAAAGAGCCUGAAUUUAUCGCCAGAAGGGAAACAGUAUUGAGAAAAACUCCUGUUCCUCCCCCUGUGCCCAAGAAAAUCGCAUCUUCGGCCGAGAAAGUCGUUGAAUUUAAAACGGCAAAGUUGAGAAGUGCCUCACCGGAAAAGAGCUCUACUCCAGAAAGUGCCGAAUUAUCUGAGUUCCAUUCCAAGUUGAAUAAAUUACGAUCACAAUCGCCAGAAAGAAAGCCAGUAGAGAAGAGCUCAGAAGAGAAGGAAUUUUUGGUAAAGUUCAAAACUGUGAAACUGACUGCUCCUCCACCUCCGCUUAAACCUAAGCCCGCUGCCGUUUACAAUGCACCUCCUGCUGAGUUUCAGAAACGGUUUGAUCAAGUGGUGGCCAAUGGUCCAAAAGUGUCAUUGAAGCCAACUGCUAAAAACGAGUAUGCGCGAAAAGAUGCCGAAGCACUUCAAGCGCAAUUAAAGAGUCUCAGCAAGCCAGCCAAGCCAGCCAAGGGCCAGAACAGUUAUGCCAACAAGGAUGCUGAAGUUAUCCAGAAUCAGUUGAGCAGAUUGGCCAAACCAGAACCGGCUGAACCGGCGAAAGCUGAAACAUUCGAGAGCAAGUUGAAUGGAUUGCUAUCUCGGGUAAAUUCCGCACCAGCUACUCCACCAGCACCCAGCCCAGCAGGUAUACGUCGAGUCAAGACGGAGCCAGCAAAUGACAGUCCAAAGACCGAAGCCAAGUUGUCACAUCCAGGAAAGGGACGUAGUAAAGGACCCAAGAGAAGACUUCCCAAGAGCUUGGCUACGUCUGGCGCCCCACCGCAAAAACAACAGGAACAGCAGGAACAACAACCGAUAGACAUCAGCAUUAAGAAACCUGCACCGCCCAUCAACAAGCACAGUAAACCGAAGCCAGUAGGUGAACUAAAGCCCAGUCGCGAUUUCAGCGGAGAAUUAUUCAUUUAG